GUUUUGCAUUUCGUACUUUAAAUCACACGGGUCCCGACUAUAAAACACCUGGUCUCUGAUUCCCAAGUUCUCGGGGCGAAGUUUUCCAUGACUUUUGUUCGUUCCCUUGAAGACUGUCCUUGUCCACGGAACAGCCGUUCAGUCCCGAUUCUUCGGGCUCACUCGCUCACUCACUCACUCAUUCGUCCAAGGAUCGGGAUCAUCAUCCUACACAUAGACCGUGUUCCUCGGCACUUUCCACCGCCUGUGCUCCUCUAUCCCUAAAACUCUCUUUUUUCCUCGCCCUCCGGAUGGAAAGAAAAGCCUGCUGGCCGGCUCUCAGUUCGGUCUCAUUCGCGAUAAACGUUGGUGGUGUUCCUCCGUCAACGAUUCAAGGAAACGGAACAUUCCGGGACGACAAUUGUUGGGCUAAAAACUCCAGGUGAUCCUUGUUCCCCUUGGUGAAUAAGUGAAUAAGUGAGUGAGUGACUGUGGAGAGUUUGCCCAAUGUGUGUGGGUGCAUUUCGGAGCUCUCAAUUGGGACAUUGAUGGACCUCGCUCGUUGAAUCAUUCCUUUAACUAUCUGCUCAACAAGAAACUUUUCAAAGGGAAUCUCUAAUCUUGUCAGAAUGCCCAAUCUCACUUUCUUGGAUUGUGAUAACAUCACGGUGCAACCCCAUAAUGGGAUGAAUUGCUCGUUUUACAUGCCAGACGGCUCUCAAGAGCUGUACGAACCCUCGUUGGGGAUUGUGAUCCUGUUGGCGAUCUGCUAUGGCGGGAUCAGCUUGGGCUCGGUGUUGGGCAACACGCUGGUGAUUUAUAUGGUCAUCCGAAGUCGACGCAUGAAGACCAUCACGAAUUUCUUCAUCGCCAAUUUGGCACUCUCAGACGUGGUCAUUGGAACCUUCUCGAUUCCGUUCCAAUUCCAAGCCGCCCUUCUCCAAAGGUGGAACCUUCCCGAAAUCAUGUGCUCAUUGUGUCCCUUCUUCCAAAAUGUCAGUGUCAAUACAUCAAUUUUCACUCUUAUCGCCAUCGCUCUGGAUCGCUAUAACGCCAUAAUUCAUCCUCUCCGUGGGAAAUCCUCCAAGAAGGGAACGAAGGUUCGGAUUGGGUUCAUCUGGGUGACUUCGAUCCUCCUGGCCGUGCCCCAAGUCAUCGCCUUCCGUGUGAUGCUCGUGGAUGGCAGUAUCCCUCAGUGUAUUCCCGUGAAUAUCAGCCCCACCACUCUGACAUGGUAUAUGUUUGCUCUCUGCUUUGUGCAAUACUUCCUUCCUUUGUGUUUAAUCAGCUUCGCCUACUUGAGGAUUGGCAUGAAUCUCUGGGGAAGAAGGGCUCCGGGUGAAGCUGAAGAACGCAGGGAUGCCACCAUCCUCAAGGAUAAGAAGAAGGCAAUCAAAGUGCUAAUGUUUGUGGUGGGCCUUUUCGCAAUUUGUUGGCUUCCACUUCAAUCCUACUCAGUCUUGUCUGUAAUCGCUCCCAGAAUUAACGAGUUUAAAUAUAUCAAUAUUGUCUGGUUUUGUUCACAUUGGUUAGCCAUGAGCAACUCUUGCUUUAAUCCAUUCAUCUACUUCCUCUGUCACGACAAGUUCAAAAAGGAGUUCCAAAAUCAAUUCAAGUGGUGUUUCCGAAAGCUCUCCCAAAGACGAAGAUUGAGGCAGAGAGAACAAAGCGGAUCUAUGACCAUCUACAAUGGGAGCCGCACUGGAGACUACUCCAUAGCCACGACCCAGGAGGAAUGUCGGGUCGUCACCAAAGAAAGAAUUAGUGUGCAUAUCACCAGAGGCGGACAAAUGUGCGUUUCCACCUCCCAAAACCAUAGGAGGAUUAAACCUAUUGGCCAUGGUAAAGGCAACCGAAAAAUGGCCAGAAGAAACAGUUGCCGCAUUUGAUCAUGAUACAUUGUUUGAAGUUCUUUAUGUGUGUAGUGUUCAAUAUUCAAUUCAUAAUAAGCUUGUUAGUUUAGGGAAUUUUUUGACUCGCCCCUCUUUAAACAUUAAAUGGCCAAUAGCAAACAGUGCAAUGCAGCUUUCGUUUUUGUCAGAAUAUACCUUUUCAGUGUCAAGGUCAUUC